AGCUGCUGCAGAUCGGGCGUGAGGCAGCAGACGAGAGGCGGACUGAAGCCUGUCCGCAGGAGAACCAUGGAGAACCCCGAGAACCCGCCUCUGUAGGGCCGAGCAGGACGCUCCAUAUCCGGGGAACAAGAGUCAACUCACCGGCGCUGUAAACACGGUGGGGGGGCUCCCUCCUCCGGUCCCUCGCAGCGGGAAGAAAUGUGGCUAAACCCAGAGGAAGUUCUGCUGAAAAACGCUCUGAAGCUCUGGGUGACCGUCAGGAGCAACGACUUCUUCCUCCUGCAGAGGAGGAGAGGACAUGGAGAGCCCACAGGCAGGAUCACAGGUCUCCUGGUGGGGGCGCUGGACUCGGUGCUGGACUCUAACGCCAGAGUCACUCCUUUCCGCAUCCUGCUGCAGGUCCCCGGGUCCCAGGUCAGCUGGGUCAUCGCCAGCGGAGCCGCUAUAGGGGAGGUGAAUAAGCACUGGGACUGGCUGGUCCACAACCUGCUGCACUCUCUGUCUGUGUUCGAGAACAAGGAGGAUGGGGCCAGCUUCGUCAGAGGAAAAGUCAAG